AAGUCCGGGCGGAGACUGAGGCUGCGCUUCUCGCGAAAGGGCUGGCGUCGCGGGGCUGGCCACUUCCGCACUUCCGCUUUCCGGCCCAGCCAGCGCCCGCGAUGACUGCCACUCUCCGCCCCUACCUGAGUGCCGUGCGGGCCACGCUGCAGGCUGCCCUCUGCCUGGAGAAUUUCUCCUCCCAGGUUGUGGAACGACACAACAAGCCCGAGGUGGAAGUCAGGAGUAGCAAAGAGCUCCUAUUGCAACCUGUGACCAUCAGCAGGAAUGAGAAGGAAAAGGUUCUGAUUGAGGGCUCCAUCAACUCUGUCCGGGUCAGCAUUGCUGUGAAACAGGCUGAUGAGAUCGAGAAGAUUUUAUGCCAUAAGUUCAUGCGCUUCAUGAUGAUGCGAGCAGAGAACUUCUUUAUCCUUCGAAGGAAGCCAGUGGAGGGAUAUGACAUCAGUUUUCUGAUCACCAACUUCCACACAGAGCAGAUGUACAAACACAAGUUGGUGGACUUUGUGAUCCACUUCAUGGAAGAGAUCGACAAGGAAAUCAGUGAGAUGAAGCUGUCAGUCAAUGCUCGUGCACGCAUCGUGGCUGAGGAGUUCCUCAAGAAUUUUUAAACCAUCUGGCUGGAUCUUGAGGCCUUCCCCCUCAGACUCCCCCGUGUCUCUGCAAAGGCAUCCUGGAGUUACUCCCUAGAGCGGCGGCGGAGGCAGCAGCAGCAAGCAGCAGCGGCAGAGCGGGGGAGCUGGGUCGGGGUGGGCAUUAGAUGCGGGAGGUGGGUGGUGUGCUUGCUAGCUGGGCAACAAAGCAGCAGUGGACCUGCCCCAAGGCCACAGGUGCCUGGUCAGGCUGGCUUCUGAUGUUCAGUCCCCUGGGCUGGGACAGAUUUUUUUUAACGUCUUGAAACUUAAAUUCUGUGCUUGUAGGAGACUGAAACCUUUUUGUCUUUUUUUUUUUUUUUUUUUU